CUGCAGGACGACGAGUGGGGCGGCGGCGAGGAGGGCGGCGCGACCAAACCGGGAGCGAGGGCUCGGCUCAGCCUGCUGGCCGCCGGCUGCAACGCGUUCUCGGCACCGGGCACCGCGGCCGCGCCGUGGACCGCUGGCUCCAGCCCUUGCCCGCUGCCGCCGUCCCUGGUCCACCGGGCGUCGGGCGAAUCGCUGCCUCCCCGUUCAGCCCCAGCUCAGCUGCAGCUGCCCGACGGGCCGGGGGGCGCCGGACAGGAGGAGCUGGAGGAGGACGAUGCCUUCACCAACGUGCAGGUGCCACUGGCCAGCUUCUUGGGCUCCGGGACCCCCGGGAGUGCGAGCGGCAGUCGGGGCCGCCUCAACUCGUUCACUCAGGGAAUCCUGCCCAUCGCCUUCUCCAGGCAGAACUCGCAGAACUACUGCGCCUUGGAGCAGCCAGGCCAGGGCGGUAGCACUAGCGCCUUGGAGCAGCUGCAGAGGUCCCGACGUCGACUCAUCUCCCAGAGAUCAUCUUUGGAGACCCUGGAAGAUAUUGAGGAGAAUGCCCCUCUCCGGAGAUGUCGAACACUCUCAGGUUCUCCCAGACCAAAGAAUUUUAAGAAGAUUCAUUUUAUCAAGAACAUGCGUCAGCAUGAUACCAGGAAUGGCAGAAUAGUCCUUAUCAGUGGCAGAAGAUCCUUCUGUAGUAUAUUUUCCGUGCUGCCGUAUCGAGACAGUACCCAAGUCGGGGACCUGAAGUUGGAUGGAGGGAGACAGUCAGCAGGGGCCAUGAGCCUGAAGGAGAUCAUUGGCCUUGAUGGUGUGGAGCUGGGGGCUGAUGGGAAGACAGUGUCCUACACCCAGUUUCUAUUGCCCACAAAUGCCUUCGGAACCCGGAGGAAUACCAUAGACUCCACCUCCUCCUUCUCCCAGUUCCGGAACCUGAGCCACCGCAGCCUCUCCAUGGGCCGGGCCAGCAGCACCCAGGGGAGCCUUGAUGCAGGAAGUGACCUGGGAGACUUUAUGGACUAUGACCCAAAUCUCCUGGAUGACCCCCAGUGGCCUUGUGGCAAGCACAAGCGAGUGCUGACAUUCCCUUCCUACAUGACCACAGUGAUUGACUACGUGAAGCCCUCAGAUCUCAAGAAGGACAUGAAUGAAACCUUCAAGGAAAAGUUUCCUCACAUUAAGUUAACACUCAGCAAAAUCAGGAGUCUGAAGAGAGAGAUGCGGAAACUUGCCCAGGAGGACUGUGGCUUUGAGGAGCCCACAGUGGCCAUGGCCUUUGUCUACUUUGAGAAGCUCGCUCUCAAGGGGAAACUGAACAAGCAGAACCGGAAGCUCUGUGCUGGAGCGUGUGUGCUGUUAGCAGCCAAGGUCGGAAGUGACCUCAAAAAGCACGAAGUCAAGCAUCUAAUUGAUAAACUGGAAGAGAAGUUCCGACUGAACAGGAGAGAACUGAUUGCCUUUGAGUUCCCAGUGUUGGUGGCCUUGGAAUUUGCACUUCAUCUGCCAGAGCACGAAGUCAUGCCCCACUAUAGACGCCUGAUCCAGAGCUCCUAGCACAGGCCCUAGGAGGGCCAAGGACUGCUUCCUCCGAGUACCGUGAAGCCUCGCUUACUCCCAGAGACCAGAGUCGAGCUGAGCCUACCCAGAGAGUCUCCUUGCAGCUUUCUUUUCACGGAGAAGCUGUACCUGGACCUUGCUCGGGAGACGUCGCUCAGGCUCGCCAAGAGGAGUCAUGUGCUGGGGGUGCUGGAGGCCCUCCCAGGUCCCCACAGCCGCAACUCAGCGCCCACGCUUCCUCCCAGGCACGUGUGAAGUUUGAAGCUGCUCAGGGCCUUUACUGCAGACUGGUUCUGACUGGUUCUGACUGGGAGCACGCUGUGCUGGAGCGGAGGGAACCAAAUGUGCAGGCUUGGGGGACGAGGCUUAAAGUCCCCUCUCCCUGUGUCAAGAGUGUGCCAAUCUAUUUUUAUAUCUGCCAUCGGAAGUGCACUUUCCCUGGGCACAAGGGUGUGGGUGUGCAGAUGUCUGAGGGGCACUGUUACACUUGACCCCAAAGCCAAUCCCCACCCUCUAUGGAGCUGACUUGUAAUGAUUUCUAGGUGACAAUGACUCAGAUCCAGAGUGACAUCUCUGCUCUUAGGAAAUAACACUGUCUGUGAGGCUGUACCUGCCCCGCGCUAGACAGAGGCGACAGCUCUCGGUGUAAGACACGUCAGUGCAGAGCGGCGCUCCGACCUUCCUGCCGUCACACCACGGGCUUCUGUCUGACCUCCGGCUCCUGCCUGUGGAGACAUGAGGGCUGCACUCCAUAGCAUGUAUUGAUGUAUUGUUGUGCUCUAUGUUAGAGUGCAUAAUGAGCGCGUUUAUUGUGCUAAAAACAUAUAUAUGUGUGUUUUAUAAAAGUCCGUAUUGGGGUAAGACGCAUGAUUGGUGUCUUGUGGCUCUUGCAGCUGGGACAGACUACAUUUCGAGCUGUGGUUAAGUUGAUUGUUAGUACAAAAUUGUGACUUGUCCUGAUUCGCUCUGGGACUGCCUGUCCUGAAGCAUUAACCAUGCUGUCACCUGGUCGCUACGCAGGUGUAACUUACUGAAGAAAGCUUGUGGCCAUGGAUAAAGAAUUAAAAUAUUUUGUUCUUUUACAGAUA